CUUAAAUGUUCCCUCUAAGUGGCUGCGCUUUCCAGGACUAAAGGUUAACUUGUCCAUUCUCUGUGGAGAGAUGUUUUGGGAGGAGUGGGGGAUAAGAAUGGAACAGUCUUGUUUCAUAUUUUGCCCUACCUAAAGAGCGUGGAUUUGUUCAGAUUCUACACACCCACACCCACACCCACACCAGAUUAUUUUGCUGGUCAGACUUCUGUGUAGCCAAGAGAAAAGAGAGAGAAUCUGUCGUCUGUAUAGGAGGUUUUAAUGAGCAGCUGCGCCCCUGGGGACUGCAAGCUGGAGUCGAAGGCUGCUGCUUUCCGGUCUCUUGCCAUUUCUUCACUUGUUCCCCUGGCUCAAUUUUUUUCCCAACGGGCCUGAGGAAAGCAAAAAAAAGGAACUGUCCAAGGUGCUAGAAUGCUGGCUGCUUGGCUACUGAAUGCAAACGGAUUGCAGGAAAAGUGAAGCUUCAGAUUACUGCUCAAAGCCGAAGGUAGGCUUGCUCUUUGUUUGAGAAUCCCUGAUUAAUCAACAACAGCAUCAACAGAAAGGGAGAGAGCGGGAGAGAGAGACACACACAGCGAGAAGGCGGAGGGGGGGACAGAGUGGAAGAGUGCAAGAAAGACUGUUUUACAACCUUCCGUGUUUAGAUGGCAACAAGGACUGCUUUUACAACUGCACGAAGCCAUUUGGAUACAAUGCUUUCUAUCCAUUCUUUUUCUUUCUCUUGGUCUCCACAGCAUCCACUCCAAUGAGGCACCUUAACCCCCUCUCUAUCAUCACAUAUGCUGGUGCUGUAAUCUUCUGUGUGGUGAAGUGGGCAAAAAACCCUCCCAUUUCAUUUCUUUUGGACUUCAAAGCAGGGUACCACUGGUGCCCCCUGAUACCUUAACUGUCCUUUCUUUCAAGGUGGAUUUAAGAUGCCAGAUCCUCUCUCUUCCCAAUACUGUAUUUUUAAAAGUCAAACUUUAAAAGCCUUUUUUUAAUCCUGUAUGGAGAAGACCUGCAUUUUGAAUUGAACAUACGGACUUCUGGAGAUGCAGAACGCUACAAUUUGGAUAUCUUUGCCAAGGAGAUCUCAAGCACUUUAACUGAAGAAAAACUGAGCCAGUCUGCAAAAUCUGUUGUUGUUGUUGUUUUUUAAAUGGUGCUGAAAUAUCCCUUCAGACUGCACUGAGCUAAAUCAUAAGAAAGGGCUUUUACAGAUAAAAGUCACCUUUAAUUAUUGCACUUAGCAGUCCCCCAAGGACUUUAAUCUUGGAAGUAUUUCCCACAAGAUGAUGAAUUCUAAUCAGGAGGAGGUCACUCUGGGCACUUUUCUCCAGUACAUUGAAGAUAUGGGCCUGAAGGCCUAUGAUGGCUUAGUUAUACAGAAUGCAUCUGACAUUGCCCGGGAGAACGAUCGCAUGAGAAAUGAAACCAACCUGGCUUACUUGAAAGAAAAGAAUGAAAAGCGCCGGAAACAAGAAGAAGCAAUAAAACGCUUAGGUGGUGAAGUGGGGAAAGCAAACGAGGGAAGCUACAUAGGCAAACAUUUUCGUAUGGGAUUUAUGACGAUGCCUGCACCUCAGGACAGACUGCCCCACCCUUGUUCAAGUGGUUUUACCGUAAGAUCCCAAUCGCUUCAUUCUGUUGGAGGCACCGAUGACGAUAGCAGUAGCUGCUCCCGGAAGCAACCACCACCAAAACCCAAACGAGACCCCAAUACCAAACUAAGCACGUCCUCUGAAACUGUAAAUGCUGGAACAACAAGUAAGAGUAUAAAGUUGCUGGACAGGACUGAAGUAUCCACCAAGCCAAGGCCUCACAGUGAUGAAUACACAAAGAAGAUUCCUCCCCCAAAGCCAAAGCGGAAUCCAAACACUCAACUAAGUGCAUCUUUUGAUGAAACUUAUAUCAAAAAGCAUGGCUCCAUAAAGUCUGUGCUAAGUAGAGAUGCUUCUUUGACUCAAGUCAGCAGUCCUGCUCUGGAUACAGAGGAAGAAGAGCCAGUUUAUAUUGAAAUGGUUGGGAAUAUAUUAAGAGACUUCAAAAAAGAUGAGGAAGAUCAAAAUGAGGCAGUAUAUGAAGAAAUGAAAUAUCCCAUCUUUGAGGAUGGAGGCCAAGAUUUAAAGUGUCCAUGUGAGUUUGACCAUCACAGCUGUUCCUCUCAGUGUGCUACUCCCACAGUGCCUGACCUUGAUUUCACCAAGUCCUCAGUGCCAUCCACUCCCAAAGGUGUGAUUUGUGAUAUCCCACCACCAUUUCCAAAUUUGCUUUCUCAUAGACCACCUCUCUUGGUAUUCCCACCUGCACCAGUGCAAUGUUCCCCAAAUUCUGAUGAAUCUCCUUUAACACCAUUGGAAGUCACAAAGCUUCCCGUGUUGGAAAAUGUGUGCUAUAUUAAACAGCAAACUGGAGCUUCUCCAUCCUCAUUGCCACCUCAUACUCCAAGUCAUCAAAAACUAGAGAAAGACCAGACAGCUUCUCAUGGAACUAGUACUCCAGGGCACUCCUCUUCACCUCCUCAUCCUUCUACCCUAUACAGAACACAGUCUCCCCAUGGCUAUUCCAAAAGCCACUCAGCCUCUCCCUCUCCCGUGAGUAUGGGUCGGUCACUUACUCCUUUAAGUCUCAAAAGACCUCCUCCUUAUGAUUCUGUACAUUCAGGAAGUCUCUCAAGAAGUUCUCCAUCAGUGCCUCAUUCUACUGCCAGAAACAUAUUGCAUGAAGGAGGGAAAAUGAUAAAUGCCUCUGUCAAUACCUACGGGUCAUCAUCACAGAGUACUUCACGUUCUAGAACACCAACAAGUCCUCUGGAGGAAUUAACCAGCCUUUUUACCUCAGGACGAAGCCUACUGAGGAAAUCUUCCAGUGGAAGAAAAUCUAAAGAGCCUGCAGAAAAACCGUUAGAGGAACUAAAGAUCAGAAGUCACAGUACCGAACCAUUACCAAAGCUGGAAAACAAAGACAAAGGAUGUCAUCAUGGGUCAUCUUCCAGAGAGCCAAUCAAAGCUCAGGAAUGGGAUGGAACACCAGGACCAUCACUUGUGUCUAACCGACUUGGAAGGUCUUCUGUUAGUCCAACCAUGUUGGCAGGAAAUAAUAGUUCAGAACCGAAAUCAAGCUGCAGAUUAGGGAGAUCUGCUUCUACAUCAGGUGUUCCUCCUCCCUCUGUUCCUCCUCUCAGGCAAGCCAGUGAACUGCAACCGAGCCAGGUGACAUGCAUGCAGUGGUUGCAUGGAGACCAUACGAUGCUGGAAAUGAUUGAGAAAAAACGUUGUCUGUGCAAAGAAAUCAAGGCACGACAGAAAUCAGAGAAAGGACUUUGCAAACAAGACAGCAUGCCUAUCUUGCCAAGUUGGAAAAAAAGCACAGGAACCAAGAAAUACAGCCCUCCUCCAUAUUCCAAGCAACAAACUGUUUUCUGGGAUACUGCAAUAUGAUAUGCCCAUGGGGAUUAUCUUCCAUACAUUCCUGAAGACUGCACUGUCUGACUACCUUUCUAGAAAGGUAGUUGCUAGAAUCUAAAUUCUGGUGAAGAACUACCUAGGGAGAAAGCUUACUUAAAUAGUACCCUCCAUCAGACCCCAGUCUAUGUCUCCCACGGAAAUGAAGGCAUGCACCUUUUCUGAGGAUUCUUUUGGACCAAGAAAAAGAGUAAGAUGUAAAUAUUUUCCACAUCUCUUUAAAAGAAACCCCACGUUAAUACACUUUUUCAAAUAAUGCAAAUAUGUAUGAAAUGUUUUAACUGUGUACUCUUUUAACUUUUUUCUGUGUUACAUAUAUAUAUUUAUUUUCUCAUCUGGCCAAUUUAAUCUCUUUACAAAAGCAUGUGGAUGUACAUUUUUGGUUUAACAGUAAAAUAUUCAACACAAACUGGUGCUAGGGCUGAAGUCAUUAAAUAAAGAUUCACGUGGAUUCAGUAGAUGCAUUUUCUAUAAAAAGUCUUAGAAUCUAAGUGCAAAUAAUGCAGAUAAAACAGUAUUU